UCUGGAGUAUAAGAAAUGCAGUUGGGGCAGACAGAGAGACGGACUCCUGGGGUCUACCAGCAGUCACCAUGCCCAGAGGGCCUCUCAUUCUCUGGCUGCUGACCUUGCUGUGGAGGCUUCAUCUGACUCCAGCUGCAGCAGAGACUGUUGUGACAGCAUUUCUGGGCCAGCCGGCCACUCUGCCCUGUUAUCACCAGUCGUGGUCUGCCAACAGCAACAGCAUGUGCUGGGGCAAAGGCCCGUGUCCCAACUCCAAAUGCACCGAUGAGCUCCUCUACACUGAUGGGGCGCGGGUGCUCUCGAGGAAGUCAACAAAGUAUGACAUUCAGGGGUACAUCAGGGGAGGCGAUAUCUCCUUGACCAUCUUCAAUACCAAGGAAAGUGACAGCGCUGUGUACUGCUGCCGCAUAGAGGUGCCUGGCUGGUUUAACGACAUCAAGAAGAACAUUCGUCUGCAGGUACGGAAAGCCCCAAUGACCACCCGUCGUCCUACCACCCGUCGCCCGACUACCACCACUACUACCACCACCACCAUCGCCAUGACAACCACCACAGUCACGCCUCCAACAACAGUCCUAACUACAUCUGACCUCCCAACCACACCACCGCUUCAGACAAGACCCACCACCGCCCUCACAGUGGCGACAACCACAUGCCCCCUGGAAGCACCAAGCACCCUUCCUGAGGCAACCAAAAGUCUCCCGACCACUGAGCCUGCCACAGAAGAGCCCGUGUUCACUGCAGAAUCAGAAACUUCCUUUCUCCCUAAGGCGACUUCUGGAGACACACCCAGAGAGACCAAAGGCUCGGUUCUCCAGUCAACAUCCCAGGCGUUGACAUCGAAAAGGAGAGACCCAGGGGUUUCUUCUCAGCCAAAGGGCUCUGAGACGACAACUUUCGAGCAAAUUAAAGUUGAAAAAAACCAGACAGACCAGGUGGGCGGCUCUGCUCUGCUGAAGAUCGUGGCUUUCUCCCUGGCGUUUGUGCUGGGUGCCAGCGCAUUGAUUUUCGCAUUUUACCGUCGAGAGAAAGUCAUGAAAACCAAUUGCUUCCACAAACACACAAGGCUGGACGAAGCUGGAGGAAGUAAGAGAAGUGUCCUCGAUGACGACAUCCAGCAUGAAAGAGAAGACGAAGAUGGUCUUUUCACCCUAUAAUGUGCCACUUUUGCUUAGAACAGAGGACAGGGGCAGGACGUGUGAAUAGUUAAAAUUAAGACUUCGAAUGUC